CUCUUCCGCCUCGCCGUGGUGUCUAACCGUACGGCAGCGAGGACGCAGCAGGGAGAGGGAACGCCAAAGCCAAUCAUUAGCUAGCUUGAGGGAGAGGCAGAUCGAAGCAUGGCUCAGCUGGUCGCCAUGGCUCAGCCGGCGAGCUCGGGCGCUGCCACGGCGCCGCACGCCGCGCACAAGAUCCCGGCCGGCGACGGGCCGUACGCGCGGGCCAAGCACUUCCAGCUGGUGGAGAAGGACCUAGACGCGUCGAUCGCGUGGUUCUGGAAGGCGAUCAACACGGGCGACAAGUCGGACAGCGCGCUCAAGGACAUGGCCGUGGUGAUGAAGCAACGUGGGUACCUCACUGAGGCCAUCGACGCCAUCAAGUCGCUGCGGCACCUCUGCCCCAAGCAGUCCCAGGAGUCCCUCGAUAACAUCCUCCUUGACCUCUACAAGGCCAGCGGCCGGACCAAGGAGGAGAUCGAGCUGCUCAAGCAGAAGCUCCGCAAGAUCUACCUCGGCGAGACGUUCCACGGCAAGACCACCAAGCGCGCCCGCUCGCACGGCCGCAAGAUCCACGUAUCCGUCAGCCAAGAAACCUCGCGCGUCCUGGGCAACCUCGCGUGGGCGUACAUGCAGCAGCGCAACUUCAUGGCGGCGGAGGUGGUGUACCGGAAGGCGCAGAUGAUCGACCCGGACGCCAACAAGGCGUGCAACCUCGCGCUCUGCCUCAUCGAGCAGUCCAGCCUCGCCGACGCCGAGCUCGUCCUCGCCGACGUGCUCUCGGGGAGGGACCAGGCCCGCGACCAGCAAGACGGCAAGAUCGUCAGGAAGGUGGAGGAGCUGCUGGCCCGGAUCAUGGCGCAGACGUCGCCGGGCGGGGGUGGUGCCGCCGACGGCCGACGCGAGGACAAGGACGACGAUAGAUGGGUCGAGGACGACAUGUUGGCGCUGCUGGAGGUGGCGGUCCCGGUGAAGGAGUGGGCACCGCCGUACAGGAAGAGCAACAGGAGGCUGCCCGUGUUCGAGGAGAUCUCACUUAUUUACAGGGAGCAGAUGGCUUGUUAAUUAGAAGCGACAAGUAUAGCAGGAUCUGGUAGGGAGUGCCGAGCUCCAUGCACCAUUGAGCUACUGGAUGAACUCGUCGGUGCACGGUGCAUUGUACGCAAGAGAUAGUUUGUGCAAUUGCAUCAGGCAGAAAAGUGAAGCGUGAACUUAAAAAAGUGUGUGCCCUAUGCUUGCAUCUUAGUUCGUAUGUGCAUGGUUCGUGUCGAUGCAUAGAAAUGUGUACAUAUCUUUGUAACCAGUGCAACUUGAACCAUCAU